CAGAACACAUCUGAAGUCCUUCUCUGGCAUGUGGUUUAGGAGAGGAGCAGACAACUUGUGACAAGAAUCAGAUUUAUAUUUCUAAUUUUUCCCCCUUGGUACUAGUACCACCAUCAAUUAUUUUCACAGUCAGCUUUUGAGAACUUUGAGGAUAAUUAGCAUCUGGAUAUUUACACAUGUAUAGGUGAGCCUUAAACUCUUCAGAGAAUCACAUUCUUCCCUCUGGAAAGAGCAUUUGUUGUGGGAAACAUCUCCCUGAGCCCUGCUUGAAAGAGACUCCUGUGUUCACUUCUGAGCAAUGGAGGUGAAGAACUUCGAAGCUUGGGAUUAUGUUGUAUUUGCAGGCCUCUUCGUCAUCUCCUCUGGAAUUGGUGUCUUCUUUGCCAUAAAGGAGAGAAAGAAAGCAACAUCUCGGGAAUUCUUGGUAGGAGGGAGACAAAUGAGCUUUGGCCCUGUAGCCUUGUCUCUGACAGCCAGCUUCAUGUCAGCUGUCACUGUCCUGGGGACUCCUGCUGAAGUCUACCGCUUCGGAGCAUCCUUCUUCCUUUUCAUCAUUUCGUAUGCCUUUGUGGUCCUCUGCACAUCUGAACUCUUUCUUCCCGUGUUCUACAGAUCUGGCAUCACAAGCACCUAUGAGUACUUACAGUUACGAUUCAACAAAAUAGUUCGCUAUGCAGCAACGGUCAUCUACAUUGUGCAGACGAUUCUCUACACAGGAGUCGUGGUCUACGCCCCUGCUCUGGCUCUCAAUCAAGUGACUGGGUUUGAUCUCUGGGGCUCUGUGUUUGCAACAGGAAUCGUUUGCACAUUCUACUGUAGUUUGGGAGGUUUAAAAGCAGUGGUGUGGACAGAUGCAUUUCAGAUGGUUGUCAUGAUUGUGGGCUUCUUAACAGUUCUCAUUCAAGGAUCAAAUCAUGCUGGUGGGUUCCACAAUGUAUUAGAGCAAGCAAGAAAUGGAUCCCGGAUGAAUGUAGUUGACUUUGAUGUAGAUCCCCUCAGACGGCACACAUUUUGGACAAUUACAGUAGGAGGAACUUUUACUUGGCUUGGAAUCUAUGGAGUGAACCAAUCAACUAUCCAGAGAUGCAUCUCUUGCAAAACAGAAAAGCAUGCUAAGCUUGCCUUGUACUUCAACUUGUUGGGUCUCUGGUUGAUUGUGGUGUGCGCUGUCUUCUCUGGUUUGAUCAUGUACUCUAACUUCAAAGACUGCGACCCUUGGACUUCUGGAGUUAUUUCAGCACCAGACCAGUUGAUGCCAUAUUUUGUCAUGGAGAUUUUUGCCACUAUGCCAGGGCUGCCGGGACUUUUUGUGGCUUGUGCCUUUAGUGGAACUCUGAGCACAGUGGCUGCCAGCAUCAAUGCCUUAGCAACAGUGACCUUUGAGGAUUUUGUCAAGAGCUGUUUUCCACAUCUCUCCGACAAGAUGAGUACCUGGAUCAGUAAAGGCUUAUGUCUCUUGUUUGGCAUUAUGUGUACCUCCAUGGCUGUGGUUGCAUCCUUCAUGGGGAGUGUUGUGCAGGCUGCCCUCAGCAUCCUUGGCAUGUGUGGGGGACCGAUGCUAGGUUUAUUCUCUCUAGGUAUCCUGUUUCCUUUUGUGAACUGGAAGGGUGCUCUAGGAGGCCUCCUUACUGGAAUCACGUUGUCAUUUUGGGUUGCCAUCGGGGCUUUCAUUUACCCUGCACCAGACUCUAAGACAUUACCUUUACCUCUAUCAACAGAAAAGUGUGUACAAUUAAAUAUAACAACAACAGUAGGACCGCAGCUUUCCAACAGACCUGUGCUAGCAGACACAUGGUACUCCCUCUCCUACCUUUACUAUAGUGCCUUGGGCUUCCUGGGAUGCGUAGCUGCUGGAAUAAUCAUCAGCUUCUUGACAGGCAAACAAAGUGGCAAAGAUAUUGACCCACUUUUAAUAAGACCAGUUUGCAAUUUAUUUUGCUUUUGGUCUAAGAAAUACAAAACUCUCUGCUGGUGUGGAGUUCAGCAUGACCAGGAAACAGAGCAGGAUUACCUUGACAGUGGCAGUGCCUGGAAACAGGGGGUUGAAUCUGCCCUACAGAAUGGACUCAAGCAAGAAAGUCUGGCCCAGAUUCCAGGCUAUAACCCCACGGACAAAAGCUACAGCAACAGUGUUCAGGAGAAGACCACUCAUUUCUAGAACAAUACAUGCAACUGAUAAUAUAUUCAUACACACACACACACACACACAUACACAGAGUACUCUAUGCUACUUUUUCCUGUCAUAGAAUUGUGUACAGAUUCUUUUCAGAAAACUAAGAUGCCCAAUACCUAUUUAUACUUAUUUAUAGAGAUGACAAGACUGUUUCUCAGGAUAUUCUUUGGAAAGUCCCAAAUUCAUUUGAGAAAAAUCAGCCAAGGCCCCAAGUGCCUGAUGCUACAUAACUAAGUCAGGACUGAGUUUAAUCAUAAUGCAAGGAGUAAAACUCUUUUUGCUUCUUGUCAGGUUAAAUCUCAGGGUUUGUUGUUUAUUUGCAGGUUUAUGUUUGGUUUUGGUGCUGAGAAUUAAGCAUAGGACCUUGUUCCUAUAAAAUGUCUGACUAAAAUGUUGUGCCUGUCCAAAAACCAUGUUCCACAGUAUUACAUCAGUAUGUCAAAGGUGUUUUACUUAAUAGAAUUGCAUUACAAAGGUGCUGUACAGAAAUAGAACU